CUUCCGGAACUGCACAAGAACUGUUUACGCCGACAAUAAUUGGAAUCAGUCGACAUCUGUGUAAAUUACUAACUUUUAAAAUUCAUUGAAGAUGAAAUCGUUUCUUGGGAACUUCAUUUUAUUCUUGUUACUCGUAUUACCAUCAACAUUGCUUUUGUUAGGAAAUGGAAAUGCUGGAGGUCUAGUUGCAUAUGCUGACAACGAUGAUCAUGGAGAUGCAAUGGAAGGAGAAGAAGAUGAUGACGCUAAUGUGGAAACUGAGGAUGCUGGAGAAGAUGAAGGUGCAGCAGUUACAGAGACAGAAAAGACUGAUGAAGAGGAGGAAGAAGAAGUAGAACAGCUGAAGCCUUCAGAGGAUGCUGAUGCUGUCAUCUUGUUCACCAAACCAGUUGAUUCCACAGAUCUUCCUGCUGGUCAGUUGGUGAGGUUUCUGGUUGGAUUUACAAACACUGGAGAAAAAACCUUCACUGUGGAAACAUUGGAAGCAUCCUUCCGUUACCCACAAGAUUACAGUUUUUACAUCCAGAAUUUCACUACUGCUACAUACAAUGCUGAGGUUGAAGGCAACAAGCAAGCUACCUUUGAGUAUGGAUUUACACCAAGUGAAACAUUUGCAUCUCGGCCAUUUGGACUCACUAUUCUCUUAAACUACAAAGAUGAUGCUGGAACCCAAUACCAACAUGCAGUUUAUAAUGACACUGUAAACAUUGUAGAACCUGAUGAGGGUUUGGAUGGAGAAACAUUCUUCAUGUACCUGUUUUUGGUUGCCAUUGCCAUCCUCCUCGUCGUUGUAGCCCAGCAGUUUUUAGGGUCAAUUACAAAAAAGCGUCUGAUAAAACCUCGACAACCAGUGGAGAUGGGCACUCAGAACUCCGAUAUCGACUUCGAUUGGAUCCCAAAGGAAGCGCUUCAGAUGAACACCUCUCCAAAGCGGUCCCCAAAGCAAUCACCGAGACAGAGGAGGAGCAAGAGGACCGCAGGGUCCGGAGAAGAGUAAUGGUAGAACUCCUCUGUCUCAUAGAAGUCGCACUCCAACUUAGGUCGCUCAUACCUGUUCAGCGAGAAUACAACAGCUUCGUGGACUGUAAAGCAGUUAUAAAAUUAUUCACAAGAAACCAUGUCUAUCUUUAGUUUGCCAUCAUGAUCUAGGUCCUUAGUAUUUUGUUUCAGUGAUGAAAGGAUGAAUGUAUAAGGAAUGUGGUAAUGAUUUGGAUACCUCAUAUAUUUUCAAAUUCACUUUGAGUUUGUGUGAUAAUAUAAAGUAUUGUGAUGAAAAAUUCCAAGUCCUCAUUCCAAAAUACUUGCAUUUUUUUGUAAUUGCUCAAUGCAAUGUAAUGCUUAAUUUUUUGUAGAUCCAUUGAUUUCAACUUUAAAAGAAACUAGCUUUGAAAUUGAAAUGUUUUUGGAAUAAAUUCUAAUUUCAUUUAUGAUCUUUUAUAAUCAGUUUCAGUUAAUGUGCAUGAAUUGGCUAUUUGUUGGUAUAGUUGUGAAUCAGGAAUACAUACAUUACACCAACAUGGAAUGAAAUUAGAUGCAUGUUGCACAUACUGUAGUUCUGGUAACACCUGCACAUAUUAAACUAUGCAAUGUGAACAGUACCAGUGUUGCAAUUAUUAAAGAAAAGAUGUACUGAAGUGUGGUACAAGCUAGUUAUUCUGAUUAUUGUUAAAUCACGAAAUCAAUGGUUAUGAAUCAGCAGCAUAUUGAGAGAGAGUCAGUGAGAGUUUGUUGGUGGUAAUGGGUUUAUGCAUGUGUAUAAAAGCUGUAAAAAUUGUGGUAUCUGGGAUAGAAUAUAAAAACUCUUGGGUUUGUGAAAUUGUGUCUUGUCAAUAAUCAUUACUUGUGAUAUAUUUAAAAAUGUGUGAUGUACAGUAUAGAUUUAUACUAAAAAUUAUUCAUACACAGCUGCAAUAUUUUUGUCAUGUAUUUGGUGUGAAAAAGAUUUAAAAUUAAUUAAACAAUUUGUAGUGAUUUUCCUCAUUUCUUUCUUUAGAUUAUCAAUAUCAAGGCAAUUAGAAGAGAAAAAAAUGUAUGAUGUUACUAUCAGCAUGGACUUUAAUUGAUUUUAAAUUUCAUAAGUGCAAGAGUUAGGUUUCUUUAAUAAUUUUAUUGACUUCUAGUCGAUACUAAAUAUCAGGAAUGAGCGGUCAGCUGUAGAUGCCAAGUAGACUUAAAAUAUUAACUUGUAAGUCUUCAAGUAUUUUGUAUUUAUUCCACAAUUCUGGAAAUAAAACAUUUUUUUGUAAA